GCUGCGCGCUCCGGCGUUUCUGAUACCAGACGCUACGCGGCUCGGCCGGUAGUUGCAAUGUCUGGCCGAUCCAGGAGGGAGUCUCGUGGAUCCACUCGCGGGAAGCGCGAACCCGAGUCACGGAGUAGCUCGGGUCGCGUCAAGCGGGAACGAGAGCGGGAAACCGAAGCGGCGAGCUCUCGGGGCAGCCCUGUGCGCGUGGACCGCGAGGCCGAGUCGACGAGCGCUCGCGAGAUCCUGGCGCCGGUCGUUCCCGCGGGGCGAGUGAAGCGGGAGCGCGAGGCCGACGAGGACUCCGAGCCUGAGCGGGAGGUGCGAGCAAAGAAUGGCCGUGUGGAUUCUGAGGACCGGAGGAGCCGCCAUUGCCCAUACCUGGAUACCAUUAACAGGAGCGUGCUUGACUUUGACUUUGAGAAACUGUGUUCCAUCUCUCUCUCCCAUAUAAAUGCAUAUGCCUGUUUGGUGUGUGGCAAGUACUUUCAAGGCCGGGGUUUGAAGUCUCAUGCCUACAUUCACAGUGUCCAGUUUAGCCACCAUGUCUUCCUCAACCUCCACACCCUCAAGUUUUACUGCCUUCCAGACAACUAUGAGAUCAUUGACUCCUCACUGGAGGAUAUCACGUAUGUGUUGAAACCCACUUUCACAAAGCAGCAGAUUGCAAACUUGGACAAGCAAGCCAAAUUGUCCCGGGCAUAUGAUGGUACCACUUACCUGCCAGGUAUCGUGGGCCUGAAUAACAUAAAGGCUAAUGACUAUGCCAACGCGGUACUUCAGGCUCUAUCUAAUGUUCCUCCUCUCCGGAACUACUUUCUGGAAGAAGAGAAUUAUAAGAACAUCAAGCGUCCUCCAGGGGAUAUCAUGUUCUUGUUGGUCCAGCGAUUUGGAGAACUGAUGAGAAAGCUCUGGAACCCUCGGAAUUUCAAGGCUCAUGUCUCUCCUCAUGAGAUGCUUCAGGCUGUUGUGCUAUGUAGCAAGAAGACUUUUCAGAUCACUAAGCAAGGGGAUGGAGUCGAUUUUCUGUCCUGGUUUUUGAACGCUCUGCACUCAGCUCUGGGGGGCACCAAGAAGAAAAAAAAGACUAUUGUGACGGAUGUUUUCCAGGGAUCCAUGCGAAUCUUCACUAAGAAGCUUCCCCAUCCUGAUCUGCCAGCAGAAGAAAAAGAGCAGCUGCUCCAUAAUGACGAAUACCAAGAGACGAUGGUUGAAUCCACCUUUAUGUACCUGACACUAGACCUUCCUACCGCCCCCCUCUACAAGGACGAGAAGGAGCAGCUCAUUAUCCCUCAGGUGCCACUCUUCAACAUCCUGGCCAAGUUCAAUGGCAUCACUGAGAAGGAAUAUAAGACAUAUAAGGAGAACUUUCUGAAGCGCUUCCAGCUCACCAAGCUGCCUCCUUAUCUAAUCUUUUGUAUUAAGAGAUUCACUAAGAAUAAUUUCUUUGUGGAGAAGAAUCCAACUAUCGUCAACUUCCCUAUUACAAACGUGGAUCUGAGAGAAUACUUGUCUGAAGAAGUACAAGCAGUGCACAAGAAUACUACCUACGACCUCAUUGCCAACAUCGUCCACGAUGGCAAGCCCUCGGAGGGCUCCUACCGGAUCCAUGUGCUUCACCAUGGUACAGGCAAAUGGUAUGAAUUACAGGACCUCCAGGUGACUGACAUCCUGCCCCAGAUGAUCACUCUGUCAGAGGCCUACAUUCAGAUUUGGAAGAGGCGAGAUAAUGAUGAAACGAACCAGCAGGGAGCCUAGAGGAGGCGUGAGGGCAUUGUUCCUGGGGCUUUUUGCUGAAGAUGCUAAAUAAGAACACUGUCACUGUAACCAGCUGUGGACUGACUAGCAUAUUCCCAGCCUCUUUUUUUUUAUGGGUUCUGCUUCACACUAUGCAUCUGAGGGGUCUUCCCACUGGGGAAAUCUCUGUAUCCUCACAUAGUUGUCCUUGUAUUAAUCAGUUGUAGAUUAGUGCUUCAUCCUUGCUGUCUAGCUCCCUUCUAGUUUCAGCAGGCCAGAACUUUUUUUUUUAACACAGAUAAAUAAUAUGUAAUUUAUUUCUGAGUAGCUGGGAGCAUCUGAAGGCCAGCGUGAUUUCUUCUAUGCAUCAAAGCCAAAGGAUCCUAGGAAAAAGCAUGAACCCAGUAACAUCCUUCUAUCCUAGACAGAUAACAUGGUGUUAUUCUCUUAA